UUCAUUUUCCGGACCCAUCACACACUCUCUCUCUCUCUCUCUCUCUGAAGCACACAGGCGAAGGUAUGUGGGUCUCGCUUUUACGUUCACAAUUCCAUCGAAUCUGAAUUAGGGUUUGUAAUUAGUCCUCUCUGUACGUUCACAGAUUCGACAGAUUAACUUCCUCCCUCUCCCUCUCUCUCUCUCUUUCAGGCAAUCCUAGUUCACUGUAGUUAGUUAUGGGUCAGAUCCAGUACUCCGAGAAGUACUUCGACGACACCUUCGAGUACAGGCACGUGGUUCUGCCUCCUGAAGUGGCCAAACUGCUCCCUAAGAAUCGGCUCCUCUCUGAAAACGAAUGGCGUGCAAUUGGGGUGCAGCAGAGCAGAGGGUGGGUUCACUAUGCCAUCCAUCGACCAGAGCCCCACAUUAUGCUAUUCAGGAGGCCCCUGAACUAUCAGCAGCAGCAGGAGACUCAGGUUCAGCAGACCCUGGUUGCCAAGUGAAAUGUCUCUCCUGGCCUUUGUUGUCCCUCUUGAUAUUUCUGCUAGAAAUGAACAUGUUAUUAGUAAAACCUUGUAUUUGAAUAUUGAAGAACUUCGAAACUGUUUUGGUACUAGACUAUGUAGCUCUCUGUACUUCAGAGGAUCUCAUAUGAAACUUUUUAUUCUGAUAUUGCGGGUACAUGGGUGGUGUACUCAAAUUUGAGUGCUGUAGUUUUGGUUAUGUUUGAAGGGUUUACUUCUCGGUGUUGCGUUCUAUGUGUGGAUUACACUGCAGCCUCAAUACUUGAUUUUAUUUCA